AUGAAUGACGGAGUAGAUAGCACAAGUCAUUUGGCUGACGGCAAAGAAUCUCGAUCUAGUAUUGGCAUACAAGACAAGCAUGAACUGGACAUCGAAGAAGACACUGAAAGCAGUAGCAAAGAGGAAGAAAAGCCCAAGCUUCCGUCCGUGCCAUUUUUCCAGCUCUUCAAGUUCGCCGACAAAUAUGAUAUGGCUAUGAUCUCUGUGGCAAUCAUAAGCUCGUGCAUCCAUGGUGCAAUGAUGGCUUUGUUUGCUACAGUCUUCGGCGAUAUCUUCGACAGUUACGAUC